UCUGUCUGUAGCAAACCGGCAACCUUAGAGAUGUGGCUGAGAAGCAAAGGGUUUCUGGUGCUGUUGGUGCUAGUGGCCCUCGCCACCCGGCUAGGUCACUGCGCCAGUCAAGAACUGGAGGAAAGUGAGCAGAGUGCACUGAAAUACGUGAGCGAUCUGGAAACGGAAAUACUGGCCCGGAACAACGAAGCUACCGAAGCGUCCUGGGCCUACGAGUCGAACAUUACCGAUGACAACCUGAAGGCGCGCAAUGAGGUGCAGACGCGGAAUGCCAACUACUUCAAGGAAGUGGCCCGUGAGCUGCGCAAGUACGAUUACAACAGCUUCAAGGAUGAAGACUUGAAGCGCAAGAUCGACAUGCUGACGGAGCUCGGCUAUGCGGCUCUGCCGGAGGAGAAAUUCUCCCAACUGCUGGAUGCCAUUUCCUCGAUGUCGGAAAACUACGCCACGGUUAAGGUGUGCGACUAUCGGAUGCCGGAAAAGUGUGACCUCUCGCUGGAACCGGAACUGACGGAAAUCAUGGCAACCAGCCGCGAUCCGGAGGAGCUGAAGUACUACUGGAAGGAGUGGUACGAUAAAGCUGGUGCACCGACCCGGAAUGAUUUCGAGACGUACGUGGCACUGAAUCGGGAAGCCGCCCAGUUGAAUAAUUUCACAUCCGGAGCGGAAGCUUGGUUGGAUGCCUACGAAGAUGACACCUUUGAAGCUCAGGUGGAUGCUGCCAUCGAAGAAAUCAGACCUCUGUACGAACAGAUUCACGCCUACGUCCGAUACAGACUGCGUGAACGUUACGGUGAUAGCGUAGUUUCGGAAAAAGGUCCAAUUCCAAUGCAUUUGCUAGGUAAUAUGUGGGCUCAGACCUGGGAUAAUGUUGCUGACAUUACGACUCCGUUUCCCAAGAGUAAAUUGCUGGACGUAACCGACGAGAUGGUUGCCCAAGGUUACGAUGCCCUUAAGAUGUUCCACAUGGGUGACGAAUUCUUCGUUUCACUCAACAUGACUAGACUUCCACAAACCUUCUGGGAGAAAAGUAUUCUGGAGAAACCAACGGACGGCCGUGAGCUGGUGUGCCACGCUAGUGCAUGGGACUUUUACAAGCAAGAUGACGUCCGAAUCAAGCAGUGCACUCGGGUUAACAUGGAAGAUUUCUUCACCGUUCACCACGAGCUGGGACACAUCCAGUACUUCCUUCAAUAUCAACAUCAACCUAGCAUGUACCGAGGAGGAGCCAACCCCGGUUUCCACGAAGCCGUCGGAGACGUCCUCUCCCUGUCCGUUUCAACACCAAAACAUUUGGAGAGUAUCGGCCUACUGAAGGACUUCACGCUGGAUGACGACGCCAAAGUGAAUCAGUUUUACCGUUCGGGUCUGGGAAAGCUGGUCUUCCUACCGUUCGCCUAUACCAUCGACAAGUACCGCUGGGGCAUCUUCCGUGGUGAAAUCAAACCGGAAGAGUACAACUGCAAAUUUUGGGAAAUGAGAUCCAAAUUUUCCGGUAUCGAACCUCCAGUCGUGCGGAGUGAGAAGGAUUUCGAUGCACCGGCCAAGUACCACGUUUCGGCGGACGUCGAAUAUCUGCGCUACCUCGUAUCGUACAUCGUUCAGUUCCAGUUCCAUCGAUCGGCCUGCGAACUGGCCGGCGAGUACGUGAAGGGAGACCCGGAGAAAACCGUCAAUAACUGUGACAUUUACCAGAGCGUGAAUGCUGGUAAUGCGAUCAAGCAGAUGCUGGCCAUGGGAGCAUCGAAGCCCUGGCCGGACGCGAUGGAGGUCCUGACGGGACAACGCAGGAUGAGUGCCGAUGCUCUGCUGGAGUACUUCCAGCCGCUGUACGAUUGGCUGGUGGUGGAGAACAAACGGAUCGGAGCGUACGUUGGUUGGGAAGCGUCCGACAAGUGUGUCUCCAGCAAAACGAACAAGUGAGGUUGUUUCUUAUUCACGUAGGUUUAAAUAAAGUUGUUGGAAGGAAUGUUUCAUUUCAAUUUACU